UCUCGAAUGCACAACCAUGGAAGUAAACAAUCCGACCUGAGAAAUAUCCAUAUUUUAAUAAAUAUUGAUAUUCUUACACAACCAGCGAUGGAAUCGUAUGUAUGCCGAAUUUGUCUAAGGACUGGCAAAAACAUGGUCAGUAUAUUUAAAGAGGCGAAUGGACUGGGAAUUUCCUUUGCCUUUAUGAUUUCUGACUGUACUGGCUUUAAAGUUGAUAAAGGGGACCGAUUUCCCAAAGCCAUUUGUACCUCCUGCCAACAGGAUGCAAAAAAUGCAUUCGAAAUCAAGCAAACUUACGAAAGGAGCCACCAGGUCUUUUGUCAGUUCAUGCAGAAUUCAAAGGAGGACUUACUCCUGGAAGAAGUGUACAAUGUAUCAAAUUGCGAGAGUAUAGUAUCAAAUGAUGGUGAAGAACCUUAUAGGAACGUCGCCCAAAUUGCGGAAGAAAAAUUCGAAGACCUGCGAUGCACGGAAAAACCACAAUGCUUUUUGAAUAUCUACGAUUCACUUGCAGAAAACUUGUUUUUAGACUCCAAUAUCGACGAUUAUGCAGAUUGCGAUCCUUCAAAUGCUGAGACGGAUGAUGACAAUAAUGUUAGUAAAGGAAGCGAUGAACACCCGCAAACCCACGAAGGAGAAAGACAGCUUAAAGUCUCAAAUGCUCUUACAAUUAAUUCUAAACUAACUGACACACGAGAGCGACCUUUUAAGUGUUCCAAAUGCUCAAAGGCUUUUCUCAGUAAAUCAAAUCUCCUAAAUCACGUGCAAGCACACAAGGGAGAACGACCGUAUAAGUGUACCUACUGCCCAAAGACUUUCAACAAGACGUCAAAUCUUCGGUAUCAUGUGCGGAGGCACACGGGAGAACGACCGUUUAAGUGUACCUACUGCUCUAAGGGUUUUAUAACAAAUUCACAUCUUCAGAAACACCUGCGAAUUCACACAGGAGAGCGACCCUUUGGGUGUUCCUACUGCUCAAAGGCUUUCUCCAGGAAUUCGACUCUUCAAAUACACCUGCGAACACACACGGGAAAACGACCUUAUAACUGUACACACUGCUCAAAGGCAUUCUCCAGAAGUUUUACUCUUCAAGUCCAUAUUCGGUCUCACACGGGGGAACGACCUUAUGAGUGUACCCACUGCCCAAAGGCUUUUACAAGUUUAUCACAUCUUCAAGCACACUUAAAAAUCCACACAGGAGAACGACAAUUUAAAUGUUCUAAUUGUUCAAAGAGUUUUAUAAGGAAGUCACAAUUGCAGAGACACGAGUUAAUCCACACAGAAGGAGGACCAUUUAAAUGUACUCACUGCCCAAAGAGUUGUAAACUUAAUUCACAUCUUCAGUCACACUUGCGAUUGCACACAGGGGAAAUAAUGUCCUUUAAGUGUUCCCACUGCCCGAAGAUUUUUACCCGGAAGUUUAAUUUGAAAAAACACUUACGAGUCCACACAGAAGAAAGCCCUUUCACAGCUUAACCAGACUCAAGUCUAAUACGACAAAUGUGUUUCCAUUCUGUAAAAAAUCACUCCAUUAUUAAUUGUUAUUAAGUAUUCGAAAUUGUGCAAAAAAAUACAAUUUUAGAAUAGCACAAAACAAGGGAUAAUAAA